AUGUCAUUUCUAAAUACGAUCAGAGGAUUAGGCAGAAGCUCCAAGAAGAAUAAGAAGGAUUUGGAUACUCCAGCAUCGAUAUAUUCACAUAAUAAUUCAUCUGGCUCACCAAUAAGAAGAUCACAGUCUCCAGGUAAGUAUUCGCCAAAUAAAUAUUCACCAAGCAAACCACGAAGCUCAAAUCAAAUACAGUUUGCAAAUCAGUCGCCUACCAGAAGAGGCCGUACACUGGGAAAUACGCAUAAUCAACAGAACCAGCUGCCACGUCGUCAACAAGGUUCUCAAACACAAACAUCACAAGCACAAUUACCACUAUUCUUAUGCGAGCCAUUCGUGAAAACCGCGUUAGUGAAAGGAUCAUUCAAAACUAUUGUUCAACUUCCUAAAUAUGUGGAUUCUAAUGAGUGGAUAGCGUUGAAUAUAUUCGAGCUGUAUAAUAAUCUAAACCAAUUUUAUGGAGUUAUUGCGGAUCAUGUUACUCCAGAGGCAUUUCCAACUAUGAAUGCGGGUCCAAAUACGAAUUACAUGUGGGUUGAUGCUACUGGUCAAGCAAUUAAUUUACCAGCAAGCCAAUAUAUUGACUACGUUUUGACAUGGAUAUCAAGCAAGUUGAACGAUCAAUCAAUAUUUCCUACGAAGAAUGGGGGUGCUUUCCCACCAAAUUUCUUGAAGGAUUGCAAAAACAUAUCAAGACAAAUGCUCAGAAUAUUUGCUUUCAUAUAUCACAAUCAAUUUGACAAGAUAGUACAUUUAUCAUUAGAAGCCCACUGGAAUUCUUUCUUCGCCCAUUUUAUUAGCUUCAUAAAGGAAUUUAAUUUGAUUGACAGGAAGGAAUUAGAACCAUUGUUACCGUUAAUAGAGAAUUUUGAACAGCAAGGAAAAAUUAUAUAG